AUUUGAUUGAUACUAUGGCUUUGUAUGAGUACAAGCCAGGUUUUCUAAAAUGCCUUUUUGCUAUGCGUUUUCUUUGCAACGACUCUUCUACUAUUUUUUCAUUUGUGCUGGAUGGAGCAGUUAUGUUAUCCCGAAAUGCCAAUGUUUUCUUUGUUUGGUUAUGGUCGUAAAACAUCUCAAUAUAAUAGCAAUUUCACUCAUCAUUGGCUGAGGUUGAAUCGGGCUCGAACAAACUGGAAAGCAAUUCUACGUCCGUGUAAAGAUCAGCAAUCUUGGGUAACCGUGAGACAAGGUUGGACAAACGACAAACGAAGUUCUGCUUCGGAAAGUUUCAUUAGUCACAUGGAUAUUCAGCGUUCGGGUCAUUUUUCAAGAAUAUUUAUUCAAAGUCAAACAGCGAAAGGCAAACCCAAAACAUUUGGUGGCGAUUCGUGGCGAGUGUAUAUUACAGGUCCUGCUAACAUUGCGGCGCAUGUAUUUGAUCAUGAAAAUGGCACUUACGAGGCUAUUGCACUCAUCAUGGAAGCAGGAAAAUAUACAGUUCACGCAUAUUUAGAUUAUAGUCUUUGUGAUGGUUUGCGUGAUCCACCAAAGAACUGGUUCAAUUUAGGAAAUUUUCAUGGCCGAAAUCAACCAGAAGGAUCAAUUGGAUUCCUAGACCAUUUUUUAUAUGAGAAGAUGAAACCUUCAAAGUUUCAUACUUUUGAAGUGAGGCCAGCAAGAAAGAGACUGCAAGGACGUGCAGGCGAAGACCUAUCGACAUCUAUAGCACCAAUAAAAUGUGAACAUUCCUGUCGAUGCCUCGCAAGUGGUCUAGGCAGAUGGCUAAGUAAUGAAUGGGUGCCUUUUGUUCAAGGUUGUUGUGAUAGGGAACAGGAUAUGAAAAGAAAAAGCUUGAUCCUGAAAUUUGAUAGAGAAGUCAAAAGCCGGAAAAUGAAUUUUAACACCCAAAGUUCAUCUUCAGAGGUGACCAAAGGAAGUUUGUGGAUAUAUGGAGACUCGUUGGCAGUACGCUUUUAUAAUUCAGUCGCAACAACCACGUUGUGUCAAACGUUAUUCCGGUCCUGUGGAUACAGCUAUAAUUGGGUGUAUCCUAUUCCAAAUGAGAAUGAAGCUGUGGCAAAGAAAUUAAAUGAUGACUUUGAUUUUCGCCCUGAAUUAGUGCUAGAGUCAAUAAGAAAUGUUUUACGACGCGACGACAUGAAGACAGACGAAAGCAUCUUGAUAUUGAAUUUUGUGCUCCAUUACACCAUGUCUUUAAACUUUACCACUUAUCAAAGAUUGGUGGAUGACGUUAUAGUGAUGUUGAGAAACCGUUGGCGAGACCUGGGAAGCAAUGCACGCAUCAUAUGGAAAACGUCCACUGCAAUCAAGAAAGAAAAUGAGCCAAUUCCGCGAAACUUGACAUUUAAAAGAUUUUUUACUGAUCCGCGUGUACGAUUAUUUGAUACGUAUGCUAUGUCGGCAAUGUGCAAAGCUGGCUUUGAAGUCCUCGAUGUAUUUAAAUUAACAGACUCGUAUUUACCCGGGCCAACUGACGUUGUUCACUAUCAUCCCUUCGUGUUCAAGACAGUACAGAAAGAGCUGGAGAUUUAUGCGCAAACUAGAAAAAGAUAUCAACCUACAGAGAUUUGCGUACAAUAGUGACUCGCAAUUAUAGCAACGAUCUACAUUGUUACCUUUAAGCUAAGUUAUCUUGUCUACCAUUCACUCUACGGUCUAUCAACAAUAAAACAAGCAAUAAUAGCUUAGAGUUUCAUUGCAUAAUGAAUUGAUAAACUGCCAUUGCAUACCAGUUGUACCGAAAAGUUAUGAUAUGUUUUUUGAGAAUCACAUGAAUACAUUGCACAGAGUUCAAACUGGAACUAAAUAAAUCAGUCAGUUCCUCUUGAAAUAACAGGAAAUUUUAUAUUAAAGCAAAGAUACAUCACCAGCACAAUGGUUAAACUGGUUUAAUUCAUGGUUUAAUUCAGAUCAUUUGUAUGGGUCAUUUCUGGUUUGUAUGGUAAAACCCAUGAAAAUCAA